AUGUCAGCGAAUGAGAACAUUCGUAACACUUCGACGAAUAUAAUGCCUUCUCAGUCAAACGAAAUGUUAUCUUAUGAAGUUUUCGGUGAUAAUUCUCACAUGACAGAAGGAGAUAGUUUAUUUCACGAAGAAUCGGGCAAGUACGACCUCGACACGGUAUCAGUCUUCGUCGCAAAGUUGUACCAAUUAUUAGAUGGCGAUGAGUAUAAGGAAUAUCUCACGUGGAAUGAAACAGGGGAUGUGUUUGUGAUUUGCAACAUGGACGAAUUUGCGCAAAAUGUACUGCCAAAAUAUUUUAAACAUUGCAAAUUCACUUCCUUCGUCCGACAACUCAAUAUCUAUGGUUUUUAUCGGGUAUCGGAUGCACGCAAGUCAAAGCACGUCCGAAGCAAGCAUGCCUGCGUAUUUUCUCAUUCCCAAUUCAGGCGUGGUCGGCAAGAUUUAUUACCAAAUAUACGUCGCAAAGUGGCAAAAACUCCGAGAAGAAAGCCUCGACCCUCUGAACCUCUAAUAUCGCAGGAUCAAGGAGAAACGAAUCUCGCCUCUUCCCCAUCCUCUGUCUACGCAAAUAGUAAGAGCGGGAGUAUAUUAAAAGAUCCUCCCUCGCUCAGUCUGUUAACUUCCUUUGCUGAAACCAAGGAUUUUGCAACCCAUGCAGACAAGUCUGAUGGUGAUAAUGCAAUGCGCAAGCGAAUUGCCGAAUUGACUCUGACUACUGAAAAUUUACGAAAGGAUUUGAAGAAUAUGAAUGAUAUUGUUAAUGAGCGUUUGCUUCCCGAGGUUCGAAGUUUGACCGAGGAUUUGCAAAAACAUCAUAAUCACCUGAUACAACUGACCCAAUUGGUAGCCUAUAAUUCCUCACCGGAAGACCUCCAGUUACUUCAGGCCAGUCGCGGGCAUACAAGACAUUUUCCGUCACAUGACCUUCCAUCAGCAAAGCGUGUGCGUCUCGAUGACAAACAAUCUACCUCCAUAAAAAUGGAACAGUCGAAUUUGUCUUCAUCCGUUGCUAAUGUACCGACCGUUCCGUCAUCAUCAGUUUCCAACGUACCCACCGUCCCGUCGUCUGUGCCCGCCCCUUAUGCUAAUGUUUUUGCACCUCAUCCAAACAACAAUUUAAUGAACACACCGUCCUCCUCGGUCGCUGACACUUCUGUCCAAGGAGAUCCUUCUGUAUCGCAACCCCUAACAAUAUCAACAGAACCUCAUCCCACUUUUAAUAUGUCAGGAUCCUCAAUUAUCGGAGAAUUUCAACACCCUUCACAUAAUGCUCCCCAUAACAUCACAACUUUUAACGGAUCCUGGGACGCAACAUGCCCUUUGAUACAGAAUCCCGUUGGUACUGUUUCCAGUACUUUUUUAUUCCCAACGGAGGCUCCCGAACAAUCUCCAAUAAUAUUUUCCCCGUCUUCAAAUCAACAAAAUUCAUCACCACCGCACUCGCAACAGCAUUCCCCGGUCUCGUCUGUAGCUCACCCGUCGAGCCCAACCAAGUACGGUGAUAACACCGCAACUUCUGUUAAUUUAAUCUCAAACGCUGUGGAGAGUUCAAAUGACGGUCACAAUGGCGGUUCAAAUAGCCCUCGUCACGGUGACGUUAUUGUUUCCGUGUCUCCUACGUCAACAUCUCCAAUCUCACAACCCCCAACAGCGAUGCCAAACUAUUAUCAUCCUCCAAUAUUGGAGGAGAUGUAUAAUUCAUUUCAGAAUUAUUGA